UUUUCCUUUCGACCCAACCCCCUCCAAGCUUCCUAUUCCUUUCUCAAAACCUCACGCCAUAAACCCUCGUUAAAAGAAAAUAAAAGCUAAUGGCGCCGGCGGCGACGAAGGCGAUGACGGUGGUGAAGGGCCUGGACGUCGAGCGGUACAUGGGGCGGUGGUACGAGAUCGCGUCGUUCCCUUCUUUCUUUCAGCCCAAGAACGGGGAGAACACGCGGGCCACCUACACGCUCAACCCGGACGGCACCGUCAACGUCCUGAACGAGACGUGGAGCAACGGCAAGCGCGACUCCAUCGAGGGGACGGCCUACAAAGCGAACCCGAACAGCGACGAGGCCAAGCUCAAGGUCAAGUUCUACGUGCCGCCCUUCUUUCCUAUAAUUCCGGUGACCGGCAACUACUGGGUCCUCUACAUCGAUGACGGCUACCAGUACGCCCUCGUCGGCGAGCCCUCCAGGAAGUACCUCUGGAUACUAUGUAGGCAGACCCGCAUGGAUGACGAGGUGUACAACCUCUUGGUGGAGAAGGCCGAGAAAGAAGGGUAUGAUGUGAAGAAACUCCACAAGACACCACAAGCAGACCCUCCUCCAGAGGCAGAGGCAGGUCCCAAGGACACCAAGGGCAUCUGGUGGAUCAAAUCCCUCUUUGGCAAAUAAAUGGAUAAUGUUUGUACUGGAAUAAAAAUGAAAUGGUAGAGAAAUUUCUUCUUUUGGUCCGCUGUAAGUAGCCCUUCCGUUGAUGCCGGUGUACUUUUUUACUAGUGCAUGUAUGUCGUAUGUGCGUGGAACAAGACUCGACGUUGAAGAUAACGAGUCUUUAAUGAAAAUUUGGUAGAUUAAAUAUGGACGAAAAUAAUGAUGUAAUUCUGGUUACCGUGGUUUAAUUAUAUGAUAACGGAUUUGAUGUCUUCUUUAGCA